CGUAUCCAGAAUGAAACACAAAAUGUGAGUCUGUUUGUUCAAGUACACUUGGUCAUUUUUUUUUCUUUCUUUCGCAGGAAGAAGAGAUGUUUCGUCCCAAUAUGUUUUUCCUAUUACUUCUACCACCAAUAAUUUUUGAGUCUGGAUACUCAUUACAUAAGGGGAAUUUCUUCCAGAACAUAGGCUCGAUCACGUUAUUCGCCGUCUUUGGAACAGCGAUCUCAGCCUUCAUCGUGGGAGGGGGAAUCUAUUUCCUGGGCCAGGCUGAUGUUAUUUACAAGAUGACAAUGACAGACAGUUUUGCGUUUGGGUCUCUGAUCUCCGCUGUGGAUCCGGUCGCCACUAUCGCCAUAUUUAACGCUCUGAACGUGGAUCCUGUGCUCAAUAUGCUGGUGUUUGGAGAGAGCAUCCUAAACGACGCUGUGUCCAUCGUAUUAACAAAGUACGCCUCACUAAAUCAUCAGAACUCUCCUUCUGUCUUCCAGAAAGUCUUUUAGACGAUUGUACAACCCCUGGUGCUGAAACCUAUAUGCAAUCUCAUCCUCAUUCUACAUAUUUCCACUGAAAGAAAAAUAGCUGUG